CUCAGAUAUCGGCGUACGCCAUGUUUGUUUCUUUUCCGUCAUUCCUUUGCCGCGGAGAGAUUUUUUUUAAGAUAGCGUCGUGCGGCUGUAGCUAAUAUUAUAAUCGGCGAAUAUAUUUACCGAUUGACGGCGUUGUUUUUAUGAAAAUGGGCAAGAAAGUUAAAGAAUACAAGUCUGGCGACUUUAUAUUCGCCAAAGUCAAAGGAUACCCAGCAUGGCCGGCUCGAGUACAAAAACAGAAUGGCAAGAAGUAUUUCGUAUACUUCUAUGGUACUGGGGAGACCGCCAACCUGCCUCCUAACAUGAUAUUCGACUACGCUGAAAACAAGGACAAGUUCCUGAACAAGUCGGUGAAGCGCAAGGACUUCAAUGAUGGUGUGAAGCAGAUUGAACAUGACUUUGCUAACAAUGUUCCGUUGGAGCAGGUCAUUGGAGCGUUGGCGGAGGCGGAACCAGCGCCCGCCGACGACUCCAUGAACGAGACGGCCGACGACACCGCAGACUCCGCUGUUGACACCACGGCCGCCGACGAAACCAUGGAUGAGACUGCGAAUGACGGACCCGUGGAGGACUCUGACGAAGCGGGGGCGUUGGUCAUUGACGAAGGAAAGCAGAAAGGCCGAAAGUCCUCCGCGAAGCCGGCGGCGACUCCCAAGGCCAAGGAGCCCAAGACGCCGCGAGGCCGCGCCAAGAAGGAGGACAAGGAGGAUGAGGAGGAGAAGAAGGACGAGGAGAUUGUUAGUAGGAGCGGCAGGAAGAUCAAACCUGGGAAGAGAUACAUAGACGAACAGACAGAUGAGAACGCGGCCCUGCCGUCGCCGGCGCCGAAGAAACGCCGCGGGGCGUCGCCUAGCGCGGAAAAGGAUAAGGAGGUCAAGGAAAAACCACAGGACAGGAAUAUUAAGGCGUACAACACCGUACAACAGUCGGAACUUCGGGAACUGAAAGAGCCCUUCAAAAGUGCCGACCCAGAGAAGGAAAAUAUCCUGAUCGCUUACCUACCCUCUGGGCAGUACUGCGGAGUGAAACUGUUCCAGUCCCGGCCUACGAGCUUCAAAAGCGAAGCCUCCAGGCUACAGUGGGACAAGCAAGCCGCUUCUAACGCCAUCACACUCAAGAAACAGCUGGAAAAGGGUCAAAUCACACCACAGUCGAUAUCGGCGCAGCUCGUCAUGGAUCUGAACCUCACCGACGAUGAGCGGCAAGCACUGGACAGGGACAGAGAUUUGGAGGUAAAGAAGUCCCGCCUCCAUUUCCUGAAGACCGAGAUGAAGCUGAUCGAGCUGGACGCCAAGAUCAAGACCUGUCUCAGCUUGGAAAAAGCUGAUACUGAACUCUGUCUCAAGCUCAUUGAUGAGAUCCUUGAACUGGACCUAGCCGCCCUGAUGCUGCUGAAGCACCCGACGUGCAUGGAGACCGUGAAGCGCAUGCGCGUGUACGUCGGCAACACGCCCUCCUGGGAGAUGAGCGAGGCCGAGGCCCUCACCUUCAGCAAGCAGGCGCACCGCAUCCGGAACAAGGCCGACGCCCUCUUCAUCACCAUGAGAGACUUAUUCCACGUACCGGAGGGCCUGUCGUUCUGGGAACUGUUCAACGAGCGCGUGGCGCAGUUCAAGGCGGCCACCGAGAACCUGCACGCCGACAAGCUGCUCGAGAUGGUGCACGAGCCCAUCGAACUGUCGCAGCCGAGCGCGCACAGCAUGCAGGCGGCCGUGGCCGCGGCCAACCGGCUGGAGGCCGCCGCGCCCGACGACGCCGACAACAAAAAGAAACCCACUCCAGCUAAAAGCAAGAAGGCUAACAGCACUCCAUUGAAACAACCUCUCAAGCGAGGACGAAAAGCAGCACAAGAAGAGAAGGAGAAGGAAAAAGAAGCAACAGAGGAUAACGUGGAAGAGCCAGAUACAAACAAACCAAAUGAAAAUGAUAAGGCAGAAGAUUCCGAAGCGCCGAAGGAGAAUAAUGAAAAUGAAAAAUCUAAUGAAGUAAAUGAAAAUGAUGACGCUGCUGAUAAAGAAGUAGAGAAAGUUAAUGAAAACUCUGAGAAAAAUCAUGAAGAAGCAGAUGAGGAAAAAGGAGAAGGUGACAGUGAAAAGACGAAAGACGAUGCAAAGGAAGAGGAAUCUAAUUCUAAAGAUAAAGGUGAUGUAGAAAGUAAAACAAAUGACAAAGAUGACAAAAUAGAAGACGGAAGCGAUGGCAAAGAUGAAAGCAAAAAAUCAAAGGAGAGUGAUAAAAAUAGUGAUAAGUCUAAAGAUAAUGGUAAAAAUAAAGAUAAAACUAAGGAGGAGGCUAAGAAUGGAAAGGAUAAAACCCCGAAGCCGGGGGACAAGAGGAAAGAUAAGGCGAGUGAAAAGGAACAAUCGGUGGAAAAGGAGAAGGUGGAUGCUGACGAGCCCCGGGCCAAGCGAUCGAGAGAGAGCAAGAAGACUGAGCCGCCGCCGCGGUCACCGGCUAAAAGGAAGUCCCGGUCUUAAGCCGCUUACCACUUUAACGGAAUUAUUCUCGCCACUCGUGGCCACUGGACUGGCUACUAGUCGCCACUAGUGGCCACUUGACUGACACCUUUUGCACAAACACCACUCUGUUAAUUUAUCAUGUACUACAUAAUAAAUGUUAACCUUUUCGUCAAUGAAGUAAUAUAGAGUCAUCACCGCCAUGUUAAAAAUUUCACGGAGACAAACCUGACCAAAACCACGACUUGAUAUGAAGUCGUGGCGUGUGGGGCACGAAAUGCACUGACUUGAUAUCAAGUCAAUGGCGGCGAAAUGGUUCAAUUUUUGCCCAAUCUGAUAACAUUGUCUGAUGAAAUCAGUGUGGACGCUAAAACGGAAAUUGGCUCGCCGAUCCACCUUGAUUCAAUUUUAAGAUGUUGACUGGUCAAAUAGAGAUGCAGGCGCAUGAAUGCCAAUUUGCGAGUUUGCGAGGGUAGUAUGUGCGUUUGGGCAUUUUUUUAAAUAUGAAGCGCUCGAAUGUCACAAUAAAUCUAAAAUUGGUGACUGUGUGACACGGACAAAGUGCUAAAAAUAUGUAUACAAUGCUUUAAAGUAUAGGCAAUAAGAUCGUGUAUACAUAUUUUUGGCGUUUUGUCCGUGUCGAUAUUUAAUACCUUAACUGUACGCGUGGACGCUAGAUGAAUUGACGCCAAUUUCUUUUCUGAUCAAAUUUGUCAAGUUGAUAAUCCCGUCGGGACGGGCCUUUACAGUCGCCAUCAGACGGAUCAGGGUUGUCAUGUCAGGGUAUUUUAGAACUUCAACUAAUCACUAGAAGCUAGCUAAAUGGGUAUUUUUAAAAAGCCGACCGUCCAGGAAACAUAUAUUUAAUUUUUUCAUAUGGCAAUCCUAUUACGGAGCAGCCAAGGUAUUCAUAUAUGUAUAUCUACAAAGCCUGUAUUGUGAAAACGUUGAAGUGCAUGUUCAGAUAAUUAUGAGCUUGGCCGCUCCGAUGUCUGAUGGCGACUUAUGUUACAAUAACAUUGUUUUACGAAUUCACGACAUUUUCCUACGGUAAACUUUCAAAUACGGAAUUUUGUAUCAUUAUGGAGUUUACUGAUUUCAUAUUAAAUACGCAUGGUUUUCAGAGUGUACAGAGAUCACAAUUUUGAACAUCUUGGGUUUGUGCAAAUGGUGUGUGUGAAACUAAAAUUAUGUAAAAAUUAGAUUUCUUAUUGCUGAAACUUAAUGAAAUUUAUCAGUAAAAUUAUGCUAUUCAUCGAGCUACAUAAUAUUAAAUGUUUUGUUAUCCUUAAGGACGGUACAUAGGCUCUUCGAUUGACGCACAUUUCUAAAAUAAAAUUGUAUUUUAAGCGACAUAAAGGCGCUAUCACAUUUUGUGACAAUGGCAACCGACAUUUAUAUGAUAAUAUUGUUGAUGUGCAAUAUAGAUUGUCCUUUACACUUAUAACAUGGAGAACACUAUAGUAAUGAGAAUUAAUUUUUUUAGCCUAUGAAUACAAAGCAUUUGUAAGCUUUUUACUGUCUAAAAUUAUAGAAACAUACAUAUAAGUUCCUCUUACAAUUAUUUCUAAUGUUUCGAAAAUAAAAACCUAUCAUCAAUUCGCGAUACGACAGUGAUAAUGUUGUAAUAAAAAAAUGUUUAAUUAUGUUGAAAAAUGCUGAAAAUACCUUCAUAUAUUUUUUUCCGUGAAUACUUGGCUUUUGCUAGUUACUCUAUUUUUGUAAAAUUAUCAAAGUAUUCCUUUAUAAUGUGUUACCAAAGAGAAUUUGAAAUAGAGGUGUAUUGUCAAAGAAAACUUGCGACGUAAAUUAACUGCCAUCUUUCGACACAUAAUUAAAAUUUUUAGAACGCCAUUUGACUUUGAUCCUUAUUCUUUUACUGAUAUGUGUUCAAUUUGUUAAAUAUCAAAAAGUGGCGCCAUCUUACCGGGCACCACCUAAAGGUUAUGGCGCCAUCGCUCGAAACGAUGCUGCUAUACCUUUGGCCUUUGAUCUAUUAGAUGGCGCCACUUUUUGAUAUUUAACAAAUUUAAUACAUCAGUGAAAGAAUAGGGAUCAAAGUCAAGUGGCGUUCUAAAAGUUUGAAUGAUGUGUCGAAAGAUAGCAGUAAAUUUACGUCGCUACAAACAUUUCUUUGACAAUACACCUCUAUUUCAAAAUCUCUUUGGUAUUACAAUAUUUCUUACUAUGUCACUCAUACAUCGCUUCUUCCCCUGACAUUAUAAUUUACAAUUGUGAACAAGUAUAAUUUUAUUUAGUGUUAAACUGAACAUAUUAUAGAAGUACACGAGAUAAAUGUUAGAAGACAAUUUUACUAGAUAUAAGACAUUGUGACGAAACUGACUUUAUAAUGGAUAUCGACUACUGACUCAAGAUGUAUUGAAAUAGGUAUCAACAUUGAUUACAGUAAUCAAAUUAUUUUGUGCAAAGAGAAUUGAUUGUUAAAAAGAGAUAAAGUCUAAGAAGGAAACGUGUCUUAGAGCUCGACAUCCAAAACAGAUGGCGCUGUACUGCGCCAUAUGUUUUGCGGUCACUGAAUUAUCAAACUUCAACUUUUGACAAUCAGUUACCGCAAAAUUUAUUGAGCUGUACAGCGCCAUCUCGAUUCCCUGUCAAAUUCGAAGCACGAAAUUGUCUUAGAUUUUACGCAUCUUAAUCAAUGUAUCUUUGAUUUGAAUAACUCUGGUUUAAAACGAGUCAAGAACUUGCCAUACGUUCAAAACUGUUUUCACUUUUCACCAUCACAAUAGACAUACAAUGGCAGUUAACACAUUCACUGCCGGGAACCCACCUGGUGGGCGCUCGUGAACUUUGUUCAGAUGCCGGACAACCCGCUGGGCGGGUUUUUUUGUACGCAGCUAUAGACCACCGGUUUCUGAGGUAGUGCGCCGUUUUUUGUCUGGCAGUGAAUGUGUUAAAGCUUUUUCCUUAGUAUCAUACAUACAUAAUUCAUCUCAAUGUCACGUAAAAUUCAUGUUGUAAAUAUUCUAUGUAAUUUACUCCAUUUUGAGUAUGUUUUUUAACGGUAAUACAAAUAUGUGCUGUUUGAUUUUUGGGGCCAGUCCUUUCACGAAUUUUCACACAUACUCAAGUGUACUGCACAUCUGAUUUUCAAGCGUCCAUUGGCUACUGUGUUUGCUAAUCAUAACUAUCAUAAGACUGGACGUUUAUAUGCAAUCGUAGAAAAUGUCGGGACUGCUUACAAAAAUCAAAUAUAAUUCUAGGUUAGUUUGUAAAAAUUCUAGUAAAAUAAUGAUAAGUUAGACGUUUCUAAGCCUGAUUUGAACUGGAAUAAUGAUUUAAUCUGAGAUUAAAUAUAAAUCUUGAAAUUAAACUUAUUCUUUUUACCGAAUUCAAACUAAGGCGGAUUCUCGCGCAUACUGGAUGCGUAACAUUUUAUAUAAAUUUACGUCUCUUUGAUUUUUAUAUUAACUAAAUAUACUGAUUUAAGUCCAUUUACAAGUGUGUAAUAGCGGAUUCUUGAUGUCAAGAAUAUAUGAUUUCCAAUAUA